AUGGCCCAUGGCCCCCGGUCGACGCUGGACGUCGGGCACCGCCAGCGGGGGUUGGGGGCUUCAGGGCCGUCAGGCACCCCCAACCCCAACGCACGCAAGCUGCUUCCGUCUGUGUCGUCAGAUGUCGCCUGCAUCGUCGCCUGCAUCGUCGCCUGCAUCGUCGCCGACUGCAUCGUCGCCGACUGCAUCGUCAUCGGCGCCUUUGGGCUGACCCGCCUCGGCUGA